GGUUGCAGUCGGAAGUUGGGCGCCAGUCGCGGCAGAGUUGUGAAUGAGUACUUUCGUUAUACGUGGUCCGGAUGGCGGCCAUGAUUCACGCGCAAUCGUCCCGCGUCGAAUGUUAGCAAAGAUCUCUUUGGCGAAGGACCGGAAAGAUGGACAUGAAGUCAGGGGGCCCGUGGUCUCUCAUCCUAGCCGUUUUGAUGUUUGUGCUGUCCACUGUUAGAGGGGAGAUAAGAUGUUACUGUAACCAAGCGGCAUGUAUAUCGACAAGUUACAUGUGCAAAUCUCAAUCAUUAUGUUACAGCGAUCUUGAGCGCGGGAUUCACGGAUGUUUAGAAAGGAGACGCUGUGGCGGGCUACGUUGUUGCCGAGAAGACAUGUGCAAUUACAUUCAUGUGAACAUCCAUGUACAUACACAUAGAGCUCCUAUGGCUGAUAUUUAUGAAGAUAACGCAUCUUUAAACUCGGAAAAAAUUGCUUUAAUGGAGUCGACGAUGAACCGAGAAACGUGGUUUAAGGCAGCAGUGAUUGCCGUACCCAUCGUUGGUUUAUGCAUUUUAAUACUUCUCGCCUUGUUCGCUGCGAAAAUGCUCCGCGAGGAUGCCAUGCGACAAAGGAGGCUUCAGGAGCUUCAUAGAAUUUAUGGACAUUCCCUUAAAGACAAUCUUCUACCUUGGAACAAGGAGAAGAAUACCACAAUCGUCUAGUCCUGGACAAAUAUCAUUUGUCCCAGUCAAAAUAUAAAAAAUUAAGAGCUUUCAAAUAGUAGGAAACUGCUCAUCCCUACUAGUGUAUAUGUAUACCAUACUUUAGGAGGAGUGAAGUGCCUGUUCUACGCACAUAUUUUUCUAUUGUCUUGGCUCUUUUCACACCAAGACUUGACGACAUUGGUCCAUUUACUCAUUAACUUUUGUCUGUUGGUUUCCGAUGUCAAAAGCUCAAUGGAAGAUGAUUCAGUUUGAGACAAGCUUUGAACGAGUAGUUGUUAAAAGAGAGCACGUUGAAGAAUCUGUGCUACCAUAUGUAAAUUAAGCAAAGGACGUACUAAUAAAUUAUAACUUUUUCUACCAUUGUAACUUUUACCAUGUUUGUUCAUCACCAUUUUCGUAGUUUUUUCCCUUUUCAUUUCGUAGUCUAUUUGUAAAACCGAAAGACGAUUUGCUGUUGGAUACGAACCAUUGAAAGUACGAUACUUCAGAAUGGAAAUAUAUUUGAUAGAAAUUUAUUUGAGUGCAUGUUGAAUGAUUCUGAAAUUUGAAAAUAUGUUUGAUAUUAGUAAGGAUUCUUUAUUUUUCUCUUGUUUUGGAUUGCGUGAAGAAAUUCCAGAUGUGAAGCUUAAUGUUGAUAAGUGAUUUAUAACAACAGAUUCUUAAUUUUUUUUGGGGGGGGGGAAGAGAAAAAACACUUCAUUCUAUAACCAGAGAUUAAAAAAAAAAAAAAAAAAAAAAAAAAAAAAAAAAAAAAAACCCUAUAAUUAUUUAAAUAUAGUAGCUGUAUGAAUUCGUACUUUUAGUAUGAAAUGAUUUGUUACAUUUCUUAGUUUAUUUAUGCAGAUGUAGUCUGGAGGUAGCCAUAUUGGCCCGUAUAUAAGAUGAUCUUUAUAAAGACAAUUUUUCAGUUUCAAAAGUGUUUCCCAAAGUUAUAGAUAAGAUGUUUUCACGUGUAUGAGUUUGAUGUGUUAAAGAUAAUCUAAAAAAAGCAUAAUCAAGUACUCUAAAUGCUGUACUUUAAGGCAAAACUCGGUCAAUAUCUUUUGUAACAUUAAUGAGAACUAAAUUCACCAUUCUUCUAGAUGAUUUACGUCUGAAGAGCUGGUCAUCUCAUAGAGGUGAUAUUCUGUGCUGAUACUUAUAAAUGUUCUUAGAAAUAGUCACAGACCUUUAAUAGUAUAGAUUUUCAGAUUUUCAAAGUAAAAUAAAAUAUUCUUAUUGAGAGACUUAAAAGGUUAUUAGGUAGAGCAAACAUAUAUUUUUUUACAUUUUGUGUAGUAUAAAUGCAAUAUAUUUUGUAAAUUUUCAUAUUAACACAUGUAAAUAUAUAAACGCCUAUAAAUAAAUUGUGUACUUAUACAAUUUUUUAUGAUACAGAAUAUUUUUUGCCACAAUUUUCAAGUUCACCUAAGAAUUUAAAAGCUAAAUUGUUUUGAUUAAAGCUGUAACUCCGUGAGAAAGUAAUGUUAAAAUUUUAUGCGAAUACAAUCUAGUGUACUUAUACAUCACGUACUUCUUAGUUCUGAAGUUGGAAAAAGUGCCGAUUACCAUGUAAUGAGAUGAUUCUAUCUCAAGAAUCUUUUCCUGAAGUGCCCAAACAAUAUAUAUUUGCAUAUUAUGUAUAUAAAAUGUAGUUGGUUUUGUAAGAGAAUGUCUUCUUGUACGAUACUGAAGUAUUUUGGUGAUAAUAAAGAUAUUUAUUACUA